GCUGGCUCAGCGCAGCCGCCAGCUCCGCCCCGCGGGGCCAAGAACAGAACCGGGGCCACAGCGGCGGAGGGAGGGAGCGGACGAGCGAACGAGCAAACGGGCAGCUGAGACGUCCCGACCCCGCCGAGUAGGUUGGGAGGGUGCAGGUGCUGUACAGUUCAUCUCUGCUGGGGCAGAAGCAGCACGGAGCUGGUGGCUGGAGUAGGAGUGCUGUGAUUUAGUACCCCUUAUCCCCCUAAGUGAAAGAAGAUGGGGUCUGGCUGCCUAAAAGUCACCAAAUACUUCCUCUUCCUCUUCAAUCUCCUCUUCCUUAUCCUGGGUGCUGUGAUCCUGGGUUUUGGGAUCUGGAUCCUGGCUGACAAAAGCAGUUUCAUUGCUGUUCUACAGAUGUCAUCUCCUUCUCUGAAGACUGGUGCCUAUGUCCUCAUUGGUGUUGGGGCUCUCACCAUGCUGAUGGGCUUCCUGGGCUGUCUUGGAGCAGUCAAUGAAAUCCGCUGUCUCUUGGGUCUGUAUUUCACCUGCCUGAUGGUAAUCCUCAUAACUCAGGUUGCUGCUGGACUGGUCAUCUACUUCCAGAAAGAAAGGCUGAAAGAAGAGCUGUCCCGCAUAGUUGGAAAUCUGAUUGAAAAUUAUGACCCUUUGAAUGAUGAUGAGAGGAACCUGCAAGAUGCAUGGGACUACGUGCAGACACAGAUUGCUUGCUGUGGCUGGACUGGAGCAAAGGACUGGGAAAAUAAUGAGAUUCUUAUCAACCAAAGCAUGACUGCCUAUCCAUGCUCCUGCUCCAAUAGCUCCAAGGACUUGCAGGUGGAUAGUGGUUUCUGUAAUCUGGAUGUCCUUGUCAACACCACUGCAACCUCUGCUGACUGGCCUGUCCAUGAGCAGGGAUGCAUGGAUGGUGUGGAGAAGUGGUUAAAGGAUAACCUGGGUGUCAUUCUUGGGGUCUGCACUGGUGUUGGUGUUAUAGAGCUGCUGGGGAUGAUCCUGUCCAUUUCUCUCUGCAAGAACAUACACAGUGAAGACUACACCAAAGUGCCCAAGUCUUGAGUUGAGUGACUCCAGAGCUCUGGCACCCCAGAGAAAGAAGCAACCAGAACAUUCCUGCCUCACACCCAGACUGUUUAACCAUUGACCACUCUUCCUGUGACAUCCCAUUUCUGAUACCACUCUGCUAAGGACUCUUAGAGCUGCAAUACAACCUGAUUUUCUGGCAAUAGGGCCCUGAGGCCACCUGCAUCCUGUCUCUGGAUUAUUUUUACUUCAAGAAGCAGAACUUAACUAUCUCACAUCACACAAGGCACCAGAUAACCUGAGGAGACAAUGCUUUUGCUGCCUGCUCCAUGUUAAUACACUUGAUAUUUCUGUUCUACAACCCACUGGGCCUAACAUGAAAUAAAUCCCCUCUCCCCUGGUCCUCCUCUCACCCAUCUUUCCCCCCAAAGUUCCAUCUUUGUCCCAUGAGCCAGGAUUGCUGUUGAGAUUCCAGUGCUUCAGUAGAUUCAGCUUCUUCACUGACUGGUGGUGGUAACUAGUGGUGCUUUAUAGGGCUUUUCCUCCCUUGCAGUUAACCUCAUUGGACUCCUACUGUGCAUCCUUCAUCUGUGCAUCCUUCUUGUGCAACUCCUCUGCCUCCUUCAUCCUUGGCUCUCAUCUGAAACACUGAGUGCUACCCUUGUGCUCCCUUCUCCUGCUUCUGGAGUCAGCUCUGCCUUGCCUUGGAGCAUGAUGAGAAACCCCUGAGAGGAGGGAGCCAAGCCCACCUAUUUCUGGCUUUCCACCUUUUUUUGGCUUGGCAGACUGUGGUGGGGAAUGGGUCCUUUGGGUUCUGGAUUCAACACACAUUUCUCCCCCUCUGCCUCUUUACCUUUUCCUCUCCCCCCCCCCUUCCCUUUGCUGGCUCUUGUCAGCUUGGAGGCACUUCAGAGGCUGCUGCCCUCUGGGGACUCAGCUCUGGGCUGGCAUUGCUGAGGGCAUUCUUGGGUUGCCAACUUUUAUAGAGGUUGUGAUUAGCUUUAUUUUUCCCUUUCCCCCCCUUCAUGAGCAUAAAAUCUGUUAGCUGUGGUUUUUAAUCAUGAAUAUUGAGGGAUCUGACUGGAUUGCUGAUGCUCUGUGUUGGAGUUAUCACUGCUCCCAAUGCCUACUUUAGGGUCUGUAGCUGGGAUGCAAGGAUAAGUUGCUUUUAUUUCAGUUCUCCACUCUUCUGACUCCACUGCAGUCUGAAGCCAGGGCUGCAUCCUGAGCUCUGUCUCAAGUGGCAGUGUUGGAGCAGAUCAGUACCUG